GGGCGCGCGCCGGGGCGGUGCCUGCGCCCGCGGCCACGUCCUGGCUCGGCCCCCCAGCGUUGGCGCGAGAUCCGAACGCCGGCGGCGGCCGUUACAGCCCUUCCCUGAGGCCGCGGGACCGGCAGCGAGAGCCACGCGUCCUGUGGGCUGGGUGUCCGCGGCGGCCAUGAGGCGGAGAGGCCCGGAGGAGGAGGCCUGCGGCGUGUGGCUGGACACGGCAGCGCUGAAGAGGCGGAAAGUGCAGACACAUGUAAUGAAGCCAAACACCAAAAUGCUAACACUUUUUCCUGGAGAAAAAAAGGCUAAGAUUUCCUUUACUCAAAGAAUUGCACCUGCAGGCAUUCGGCAGACCAGCAUCGCUUCCUUCUUCACCUUGCAGCCAGGAAGGACAAUUGGUGGUGACCAGAGGAAUGUUUCAUCUCCUAUAGAAAGUCAGACCAACAAAGAGUCUAAGAAUGAUGUAACCCAGCUAGACCAUUUGAUCCAGGGCUUAGGGGAUGAUUGCAUGGCACCCCCAUUAGCCACUUCAACCCCUGCAGACACCCAGGAAGCCGGACUUUCUCCACAGCCCCUCCAGGAUUCUGGCCACCACAGAAUGGGAACACCAUUUUUGACUGUGCCGUCUUUGCUCCAGCCUGACACCUUAGUCUGUGCUGGAAAGAGUAAAGCCUCUCCAUCUUGUUCCUUCACCAAGAACUUGGAAGGUUCUCGCUCACUGGACCAAAAGGAGGAAGAGAAAGACUCUUCCUGGAAAAGGGAAUGGCUUCAUGGAUCUAAGAAAAAGAACUAUCAGGGUGUGGAGAGACCCAUUAAACCACCUCGGGGCAAGGGCCAUGAGCCCUUGGACAAGACGCCAUUAGAAAAGGUGUCUGCAAAAGAAACCAGACAGACCCCGAUCCUCCUUCAAACGUACAGGGAUUCCUGGAAUGGGGAAAACACACACUCAGUGAAACAAAGCCCUUAUCCUAUCCCUCUAUUUUCUUGGGACAGUGAAAAGAAUGACAAGGACUCUUGGAGUCAGCUUUUUACUGAGGAUUCUCAGGGCCAGCGAGUCAUUGCCCACAACUCUAGAGCUCCUUUCCAAGAUGUAACCAACAACCAGAAUCGGGGCUUAGGGCAGUUUUCUAGCAGCCGUUGGGCUCAGUGCCAGGAGACGCCCACUCAGUUAAAUCUGCAGCCUGAUUUGCUCUUUACCCAGGACUCAGAAGGUAAUCAGGUUAUCAGGCAUCAAGUCUAAAUGUCUUUAUGACGGUUUUGUUCUAAAAGUACCUCGAAAUGACAGAGCUGUAGGAAAAUAUUGGGGUGGGGGGGGUUGGGAGUGUGGGUGGGAGGGAGGCAAGGGAUGACGUUAUAAUUGAGCAUUUUCUUGGUGUAAAUAAAGCAAAUGGGGCCACUUGUUGAGGGGGUAUGAUGGUGCCUUUCCCUGAGGAAGAGGUGGCUGGUAAACUUGUGCGAGUCUCUGAUGAGCAAUGAGGAGGCAGGGCAGGUACUUAUCCCUCCACUAAAGAGUCCCUACUCAGCCUGCAGAGCCACCUCUGUGCCCUUUCAGAUGCCUGACUGGAACACCGCUUCUUACGGAUGGAUGUUCUUCUAAUCUCUGGCUGUUAGCUUACCCACUCAACCAUGGGACCAUUAUUCCUGACACCUUUUUGAGGUGAUAAGGCAAAUCUCCUGGGCCCAGAUGUAUGGGGUCAGAGAGGAUAGAGAUUUAAAAAAAACCACCAUCAUUCUGCUUUCUACUUAUUUUUGUGGGGAUUUUACAGCAUUUUAAAGACUUAUACUGUGUUUAAACAUCUCCCUUAAAAUAGCCUGAGCUAUAUAACAAUCUAGAUGUGAUACCACUCUUCUACAAGGUAUGAGGGAACUCCCUUUGUAAAACUACGAAUCCAAAUAAAUGACUCUAUAAGCUGA